CAUUGUUCUUCUGUUGACGGAAGUCCUCACAGAAGAAGAGAGGAGCUACGAUGGUGCGUGUGAAGUCCAGGUAUUUACUGUGCGAAGUCAACGUGUCAGACAGAAGCCGCCUGUUGCUGCUGGAUGACAGGGCUGUUGCAGCGGCAGUGAAAGCAGCGGUGGCCCGAAUACACGGGGACUAUGGGGCAGCUCUCUGCAGCAUCAGAUUCUCUGUGAAAUAUCUGAAUGCUCAUACUGGAAUAGUACUCCUGCGUUUUUCCAAAAGGUGUUACAAACUCCUCUGGUCUGCAUUGCCUUUCAUUACCUGUAUUGAAACUCGUGGGCACAUAAUCCCAUGCUUUCUGAACUGUUUGCAUGUGGGAGGAACAAUUAGAACAUGUCAGAAGUUUUUGAUCCGAUAUAACACCCAGCAGCUACAUCGAAUGCUCCCUAAGUGCAAAAACGAAGAAGAAAAGCAACAGGUUCAGACAGCUAUUCUGAAGUGCUCUCUAAUGGGAGGAAACAAGGAGGCAUUUGGAGAGGAAUCAGAUAGUGAGGAAGAUGAACAGUGACUUCAAUGAAGUAAAAGGUGGCGGACUAUUUUUGUUACGGGACCGAUACAAAGGAAGAUAUGAAGCAUUUGAAGAAAUGCAUACUCCAUUCUGUGGAUAUAUGAUUUACUGCAGCUGCUCAGUGCAUUUGCUACCACACAACUGACUGACUGUAUACCUGUCUUCAAUAGAGGGACACAUGACAUGAUGUUUGUUACAUAAAUAAUUACCAUCACAUAACACAAAAUAAGACUAUGGCCUAAUUCUGAAAAAAAAAAAAACCACACUUUUUAUGUUUUUAUGAAAUAUUUUCUAUUUAUACUAUGUUUUGAGCUUAUGUAUUUUGUUUAAAAAAUAAAGCACUGUAUUUGAAGAUAAUAUAUUUGUCCUAGUGUCCUUAAAAUAAAGUUCUGUACAGCAGUUGCGUUGUAGGCUAAUUAAUUCAUCCACUGUCAAACAGCCAAAAAUAUGGAUUUAUUUCCUAAAAUAAGUUUUGAAUUGAACUAUGAAUGGUCAUCAGAGGAAGAUGAGAGAGAGGAGAAGCUGAAUCCAUCUGAGCACACAUCCAGGUUUGUCAGUGUUUCAUCAGCGGAGCUCAAUGACUUGGAGAAAAGCAACAUACUGUCAGAUCAGAAGGCAGAGUCGGCUGUGCCUGUGAAGCGACAGUCCACCAUGCAGUCACCAGAGACUUAUUUCACCGGCUGCACAAUUAAUGGAAACAUGCAGAUAAAUGUGUAUAAAGAGUAAGUGCCUGGCGCACCAUGUCUGCGUUACAUAGCAACGGUGACAGCGGAGUCCUGAGGGAACUAUUUUUGUUGGCGGAAGACAAAUAAAAUGCUUAAAUUAUCUAUUUUGUCCUCAUUUUUCAACAUUUCUUAAUCAGCCUUGCUUAUUUAACUGCCUGCAGCCUCGUGCCUACGACCGAAUCACAGCCGUGACGAUAUCACAGUACAACAUCACUCCCUCUCGUGUGAUAUUGCUUAAAUGUAGACCAUUCAAACAUAAACAAAUUGGUGGUAUAGGCUACAGUUAAAAAUAUUCAAGAUGCAGAGAUAUUUAUAUGCAAUCUUUAUCGGCUGACUUAACAGAACCUUUAACAAUAUUGCCAAUACUGUGUCAUACCGUAUCAGAAUUAUAUUGCUUAUUAAACCCAUUAAUUACCUAAUCCUACUUAAAGGGGAACACCACCUAUACUAAGAAUUACAAUAUUUUAUUUCCAUGGCUAAGGAAAGAUUAAUCAGUAUUUGUGAACAUGAGUUACUCUCUCUCAAAGCCAGAAACCAGAGAAGUAAAUCUCAAAUUUGUGAUGUCCUCAAGUAAAAAGUCUGGAUCUGCUCUGUAGACAAUGAAUUCCUUUUUUAUACCCGAAUGAGCUUUAGGGGACUUUCCGUUCACAUCAGGGAUCCAGGCCUGGAUGAUGGUCAGUGCUAGGGUAUACUUAAAAAGUGGUCUCCAGUUUGGUUCAUGUAUACUCUGGUAUGGUACACAUCAGGUGUGAACACCAGCUGUACCAUAACACAGAAAAGGGUUGCUAUUUAACGCAACUACAAGGCGUUUUUAAUGGGUUAUGAAACAGUCUCAAUUUAAUAGGCUACUGAUAGCUCUAUAUCAGAUGGCAGCACAGACAGAGACAGAUCUGACUUUGUUGCCACCUUCAAUCUGCAGUCGGAGCUCUGGCGGGAGGCAGAGAGCUCCGUGCCCAACAGCAGCAGCAGCUCGUCCUCCAGCCAGGAGCAGAGCUUCACCCUGUCGCUCCACGGGCCCCCACUGAUGACUGUCUCUGGACCAGCAGUGUCCCUUCUACAGCGUCUUUUUCCACAUUCAAGGAAACAAAAAUGUCACACAGAUGAUGACACAAGUUUACUCACAUAGUGAACAUUACUAAUGUGAAACCUGAGCAGCGGGUGAGUGGAAAAGGGAGAGCAAAAUUAAAUUUUGA